GCCGCCCCGGCCCCUCCCCUCCCCCGCGAGCUGCGCACCGCGGGCCGGCUGACCCAGCGGCCCGCGCCCGCGCCCUUGUCCGGCCGACCCCGCGGCGGGCUCCCGGCGGCUGGCAGCAUGAGCGGCGGCGGCGACGUGGUGUGCACCGGCUGGCUGAGGAAAUCGCCCCCCGAGAAGAAGUUGAGGCGCUAUGCCUGGAAGAAACGCUGGUUUAUCCUGCGGAGUGGUCGGAUGAGCGGUGACCCAGAUGUUCUGGAAUACUACAAGAAUGAUCACUCUAAGAAGCCCUUGAGGAUCAUCAACCUGAACUUCUGUGAGCAGGUGGAUGCGGGCCUGACCUUCAACAAGAAGGAGCUGCAGGAUAGUUUUGUGUUUGACAUCAAGACCAGCGAGCGCACCUUUUAUCUGGUGGCCGAGACGGAGGAGGACAUGAAUAAGUGGGUCCAGAGCAUCUGCCAGAUCUGUGGCUUCAAUCAGGCUGAGGAGAGCACAGACUCCCUGAGAAACCUCUCCUCCGCCAGUCACGGCCCCCGCUCCUCUCCAGCUGAGCUCAGCAGCUCCAGUCAGCACCUUCUCCGGGAACGGAAGUCCUCAGCCCCAUCGCACUCCAGCCAGCCCACCCUGUUCACCUUUGAACCCCCGGUGUCCAACCACAUGCAGCCCGCCUUGUCCACCAGCGCGCCUCAGGAGUAUCUCUACUUGCACCAAUGCAUCAGCCGGAGGGCUGAGAACGCCAGGAGUGCCAGCUUCUCUCAGGGCACGAGGGCCUCAUUUCUCAUGAGGAGCGACACAGCCGUACAGAAGCUUGCCCAGGGCAAUGGACACUGUGUCAACGGGGUCAGUGGUCAAGUCCACGGUUUCUAUAGCCUCCCCAAGCCAAGCCGGCACAAUACGGAGUUCAGAGACAGUACCUACGACCUCCCCCGGAGCCUCGCCUCCCACGGCCACACCAAGGGCAGCCUCACAGGCUCUGAGACCGAUAACGAGGACGUAUACACCUUCAAGACGCCCAGCAACACCCUGUGUCGGGAGUUCGGGGACCUCCUCGUGGACAAUAUGGACGUGCCAGCCACCCCACUGUCAGCCUACCAGAUCCCUAGGACGUUCACGCUGGACAAGAACCAUAAUGCCAUGGCAGUGGCCACUCCCGGGGACUCGGCCAUCGCUCCCCCGCCCCGGCCUCCCAAGCCAAGCCAGGCAGAAACACCUCGAUGGGGCAGCCCUCAGCAGAGACCCCCAAUCAGCGAAAGCAGCAGAUCCAUCUCUGCCGCGGCCACCAUCCCCAGGCGCAACACACUCCCGGCCAUGGACAACAGCCGACUGCAUCGAGCUUCUUCCUGUGAGUCCUACGAGUAUCCGCAGCGUGGUGGCGAGAGUGCAGGCCGGUCUGCUGAGUCCAUGAGUGAUGCGGUCAGUUCUUUCCUGCCCGGGAAAACCGCCGUGGGCCGGUCAGAGAGCAGCAAUUCAGAGGACAACUACGUGCCCAUGAAUCCAGGGUCCUCCACCCUGCUGGCCACGGAGCGAGCAGGCGAUAACUCCCAGAGUGUCUACAUUCCCAUGAGCCCGGGACCCCACCACUUUGAGGCGCUUGGCUACCCCUCAGCAGCCCUUUCUAUGCACCGGGGCCCCAGCCGAGGGAGUGAGAUCCAGCCACCCCCUGUCAACCGUAACCUCAAACCUGACCGGAAAGUAAAGCCAACACCACUUGACCUGAGAAACAACACUGUCAUCGAUGAGCUCCCCUUCAAGUCACCCAUCACCAAGUCUUGGUCUAGGGCCAUCCACACCUUCAACAGUUCCUCCCAGUACUGCCGCCCCAUCUCCACCCAGAGCAUCACCAGCACAGACUCCGGGGACAGCGAAGAGAACUACGUCCCUAUGCAAAAUCCAGUGUCUGCAUCUCCCAUUCCCAGUGGCACCAACAGUCCUGCCCCGAAGAAGAGCACAGGCAGCGUUGAUUAUCUGGCCCUGGACUUCCAGCCGAGUUCCCCCAGCCCCCACCGCAAGCCAUCCACGUCAUCUGUCACUUCCGAUGAGAAGGUGGACUACGUUCAAGUGGACAAGGAGAAGACCCAGGCCCUGCAGAGCACCAUGCAGGAGUGGACAGAUGUGCGGCAGUCCUCGGAGCCUUCCAAGGGCGCCAAACUGUGAUGCGGGGCCACCGCACCUGGGGAGGGGCCAGGAGGCAGCAUCUCCAGUGCUGGCUCCUCUCCUCUACCCCCACCCCCCAACUCACACAAUCUCUCCUCUCCCAGUGCCCCCUCCUGCCACUCUGGCCUUCAAAGCACUUGAUGUCAGGGACUCUGAACCCCUCUCCUAAGAGGAGAGGGCCUGAUCAAGGCACUUCCUCUGCCCACUCGGGGCCCCCCUUUGAUUUUUACCAGUAAUGGCCAUGCCUCUACCCAUCUUAGUUAGAGCUAUUGCCAAAAAGCAUCCUUCAGCCUCUUCCUGUCCUUUAGACCUGAACACCUACUAGGCUUUGGGAGGGGCUGGGGCUCUGAGCCAGAUCCCACACCUCACUUCCGGUCCUAGCCCUCAAGCCCUCCAGCUACUGGGCUACCUCUCCUUCAGUCCCAGAAGAUGCCACAUUGUCUUGCUGACCCAGGGAGCCCAGGACCAGCAGAGCAAAGUGGACAUGGACUUCAUCCUUGUCUUGGUAGAGGACAGGCAAGGCCCCCAAAAGAUGAAGUUGAGAAGGAAGGUUAGCAGUGGUCUUGAGGCACACAGGAAGGAGGUCCUGGAUGCAAAAGGCAGGUGAUAAGGACAGGAACCCUGCCCGUGUGUAGCUGGAGUGGGUUGGGAGAGGCAGAGGGAGGAGGACACAAGGGAGGGAAAACA